GCUUUUUCCAAUGCCUGUUGCGCCUAUGGUGAUUUUCGUGGGUAUUCGCAUCAGCAGUGCUGUUUCCGUCUAUAAUUCACUCCAAUAGCUGGGUCAAGCCACCAUUCCCACUGGAUUGUGUGUUUCACUGAGGUGCAAGAGGCAAAUCCUCUUUCUUCUCUUAUCCUCAUUUCUCCUCCACUUUUCCUCUCUCUCUCUCUCUUUCCCUCUGUCUCUACUUUCUAGAUUUCUCUCUCUUUCUUCGCCACUAAAACAACCUCUCUAUCCAGCGACAAGACCUUCUUCGGAAAUUCACAAGAAUGUCCACCACACUCCCACCCAAUCUCCCAACCGCCGCCGGUGGCUCCUCCACAACGCACGCCAAUCCCACAACCACAACCGCAGCCACGGCAACGACCACGACGACGACAACGACAACAACAACAAAAACCCGACAGACGCGCACCAACCCCUCCCGCACCUCCAAGACGCAAUCCCGGUCCUCCUUUGCCUUCGGCCACGGCACGACCACCGGCGCUUCUGGGCUCCACCGCUCCUCCGCCGCCGACCACGCCGCGGCCAAUGCCACCACCGCCAUCCCGCACGGCUUCUACCCGGCGCUCACGCACUUCACGGACGCCAUCACGGCGCUGCCGCGGGAGUUCCAGCGGCAUAACUCCUUGCUCAAGGAGGUGGACGCCAAGGCGUGGGCGCUGGAGGAGAAUCUGUUGCAGUUGCUGAAGGCGAGUGCGGAGGCGCGGCCGGUUCCUUUUUCUGUCUCGGGGUCGGGGUCGGGGUUUUUUGAAAAUGGUUCGGGGGAUCCGGGGCGGAGUCUUGAGGAGGGGCAGGGGGAGGGGGUGGAUGGGUUGGGGUUGGGGAUUGGGUCGAUGCCCCCCUCGGAAUCCCCCGCCAGCAAGAACCGUCGCCUCCUCUUCGACCGUGUCCGGCACACGCUGUCGGAUCUGAUGAUGACCGCCGAUGAGAAGAACCAUGUCAUCUCGAACGCGAACGACGAGCUCGAUCGCCAGCUCACCCGGCUCGAUGCCGUCUUCCCCUUCAUCGCCGGCGAGGUCAGUGACGAGGCCCGCCUGGGCAGCUUGUCGCAUUGGGCGUAUUCGAAUCGCUUGGUGGGUCUUGGUGCCGGUAGCGCAAAGACGGCGGACCGUCCUCGGCGCGAUGCGACCGGGUCCGGCAAGACGGAACUGGCGCAUGGGCAUGGGCAUUCACAUGGGCAUGGGGCCCACGGGCAUGGAGCGGGCCAUGAUGCGGAGGGAUCGUCGCGGAGUGAGGCCAGACGCGAGGCGGUUAUGGCUAGGAGGCAGCGGCGUGGGGGCGCGGGGGCUGGGCAAGGGCUGGGCCAUGUGGAUUCGGAUUUGGAUGAUGGAGCGAGGGGAUCUGGCGGGGGUGCUGCUGGUGGAGGUGGUGGCGGCAGGAAGGGAGGACAGAGUGGAAAGGCUAGAGGCGGUGCAGGAGGAGCCGCUUCUGGUGGUGGUGCCGGAGGCCAGGCUGGUGAACAUGUCGGUGGUGCUGGGCAGGGCGGCAGUACCUCCGGCCAGGCGAAGCGGAGGAAGGUCGAGCGGCCACCGCCUGUGGAUACGGGGGCUGCGAUGGAGAGGUCGGCGAGCGGCGCAGGUGGUGCUGCAGGUGGUGCUGCAGGCCGGGCUGGCUCCAAGGAUGUAGAUGCCACUGGUGCUGGCGCUGGCGGUGCCGGGGGUGCAACUAAGAAGAGAGCGCGUGCGCCAAAUGCCAACGCGGCUUCACGAAAGAGAAACAACCAAGCCAACUCUGCGGCCGAUUCGCCAAUCCUCGCCCCUUCGCCUGUUGUCGCUGCAGCCACGAUCCCACGCAACGCAGCCAGUCCAGGCCCUGGUGCGGCACGACCGCAGUCUUCCCGUGCGCAGCAGACUGCCGGACAGGCAAACAACGGCCGUCAGCGCCCAUCCUCAUCCGCCUCCAACCGCGUGGCCGGGAACAACAAAACAACCGAGACAAAGACCGUCAUCAAGGAAAGCACAGCCAAACCGGAAGCCACCCCCAGCUCGGCCAACGACACCCCGCGCGAGAUGGCCGACGAGGGCGUGGACGUGGCGAAGAUACCUGUGCCAGUAAGCACGAAGCGCGAGGACACCGACGGCGGCAAGCCAACGCCAUCCAUCGAGCCCAGCGAAACACCAGCGCCGCCGCCGGCUACAGCUACUACCGCUGCUCCUGCUGCUCCUGCCUCGGCUCCUGCACCUGCCCCGGUUUCAAUCCCGAACCCACCGCCCAAGGGCCGAUCUUCCAAGACCUCUACGCCCGUGCUGCCGACCUUCACAGAUCCUUCCACCACCGCUGCGGCCGUGGCCGCCACGACAACGACGCAGCGUGUACGCCCCACGCGGAGCACCGAUCCCGCUCCCGCCGCCACCACCACAACCACGAAACGCUCGCACAAGAAGAACGGCAGCGUGCCGGUGGUGGUGCCGCCGCGGGCGGUGUCGGAGGAGGAGGAGUCGCUGCACGAGGGCGACGACGAGGACGAGGACGGCGAGCCGCGGUACUGCUACUGCAAUGAGAUCAGUUUCGGCGAGAUGGUGGCGUGUGACAACGAUGCCUGCCCGCGCGAGUGGUUCCAUCUGUCGUGUGUGGGGUUGACGAAACCGCCUGGCAAGAAUGUGAAAUGGUAUUGUAAUGAGUGCAAGGAUAAUAUGCGCCGGAGUCGGAGCGGGCGCUGAGAGGAGAGCUGUUUGGGCUGUGGUUGGAUGGAUGGAGCUGGGUUGGACAGGACUUUCUUUGGAUUGGAGUUCCGGGGGAGUCUUAUGGAUAGAUAGAAGUAUUUGAUAUGGUAUAUACUGUGGAAUAGGAUUCGUGGUUUAGG